GAUAGAAAAUGAGGGAUAAAUGGAAAAACAGAGGGCUGGCUUGAAUUAAGGGCGUCAAUGGAGAAGAUUAAUUAGUGGUCGGUGCCACCAAUUACUGCUUGAAAGCUUCUUCCCUCUGAACUCAGACACAGUCGGAUUCCGACACAACCCCAUCUUCCUCACCUUCUUCGAUAAUAACGAGCGAAACCCCUGUUGGUUUCGUCGACUCUUUUUCUUUUCACGCGGGGAUAGAGUUGAAACUAGCUCUCUGCCUUCUGCUCCCAGCCACCCAGUUGAUUUGACUUGAUUUGAUUUGAGUUGGGUUCCCACCGUAAUUUUACAAGUUGGGCCGCAAUCAUCAUUGGCAUUCGACUGUUGCUUUCGUGUGUUCUGGGACUGGGAGUCUCAUCAUCGUCGUCGUCGUCAUCAUCAUCAUCCCUGCCUCUGAAUUUCUUCUCUCUUUUUAUUUUUUCCUACCAGGGGUUGGCUGGAAUCUGCACCUGUAUCCGUCUUGCAAAGUGGCCAAAGGGGAAAAAACAGAAACAAGAAAUAAGUAACGCCGUAGAGGUUGCAGAAGCUGAGGCUGUAGUAGUAGUUAACUAAUGGCGGGGACUAGCACCUCCUCCAGGGAGCUGGAUCAGACGCCCACAUGGGCUGUUGCUGGAGUUUGUGCCGCUAUGAUUCUAAUUUCCAUUGUCUUGGAGAAGUUUCUUCACAAGGUUGGAAUGUGGUUGCUGCAUAAGCACAAGAAAGCUCUGUUUGAAGCUCUCGAGAAAGUUAAAUCUGAGUUGAUGAUUGUGGGUUUCAUUUCGCUUCUCCUGACAUUUUUCCAGAAAUAUAUUGUCAAAAUCUGCAUUUCUGCAAAGGUUGCCGACUCUAUGCUGCCAUGUCCUUAUGAUGGUUCCAGCGACGGAAGUGAUAGCUCUGAAGAGGAACAUCGUAGGAGGCUUUUGUGGUACGAGCGUAGAUUUUUAGCUGGUGACAGCUCCAGUGCUAGUUGCAAGGCUGGAUAUGAGCCAAUUAUAUCUAUCAAUGGAUUGCAUCAGUUACACAUCCUUAUAUUCUUUUUAGCGGUCUUCCAUGUAUUAUACAGUGCCAUCACAAUGACCCUUGGGAGAUUAAAGAUUCGUGGCUGGAAGGAGUGGGAGCGUGAGACUUCAUCCCAUCACUAUGAGUUUUCCAAUGAUCCUUCAAGAUUCAGGCUUACACAUGAGACGUCAUUUGUUAGAGCACAUACGAGUUUCUGGACUCGGAUUCCGUUAUUCUUCUAUGUUGGAUGCUUCUUUCGACAAUUUUUCAGGUCUGUUAGUAAGGCUGACUACUUGACCUUGCGCAAUGGGUUUAUUACUGUCCAUAUAGCUCCAGGAGGUAAGUUUGACUUCCAAAAAUAUAUUAAGAGAUCGUUAGAGGAUGACUUCAAGGUGGUUGUUGGAGUCAGUUAUGUGUUAUGGGCAUCGUUUGUGAUUUUUUUGCUUCUAAAUGUUAACGGAUGGCACACAUUGUUUUGGGCAUCUUCAAUUCCUCUGAUUAUAACCUUAGCAGUUGGAACAAAACUUCAAGCCAUUUUGACAAAGAUGGCUCUUGAAAUCACAGAAAAACAUGCAGUAGUCCAAGGGAUUCCUCUUGUGCAAGGCUCAGAUAAAUACUUUUGGUUCGGUCGGCCUACAUUAGUACUUCAUCUUAUCCAUUUCUCUUUAUUUCAGAAUGCAUUCCAGAUAACAUAUUUCUUGUGGAUAUGGUAUUCAUUUGGUUUGACAUCCUGCUUCAAUGAAAGCUUGAAGCUUGUAAUUGUAAAAAUUGCUUUAGGGUUCGGAGCCCUAGUAUUGUGCAGCUAUAUCACACUUCCAUUAUAUGCCCUUGUAACUCAGAUGGGUUCAAACAUGAAGAAAUCCAUCUUUGAUGAGCAAACAUCGAAGGCCCUUAAGAAGUGGCACAUGGCUGUGAAGAAGAAGCAGGGGGGAAGGGCAGGAAGGUCACCUACCCGGUCACUUGGAAGCCCAACAGCUUCACCUUCACCAAUGCAAACAUCACCAGUGCACCCGUCUGCACACACGCUUCACCGAUUCAAGACCACCGGUCACUCAACCCACUCGAUCUCCUAUGACGAUCGUGAAAUGUCAGACCUUGAAGACGACCCAACGUCACCCAAAUCAUCUAGUACCAACCUGCUUGUAAGAAUUGAUCAUGACAAUCCAGAGGUUGAAGGGAGCGAGGCACACCCAGGACAAGGAACGGGCAAACAAGAUGACUUUUCAUUUGCCAAGCCUGCCUUGCCAAAAUGAGCAUGAUGAUUCACAUUCAAUUGUAUGAAUUUUUUGCUGCAUGUUAUGAGAGGAAAUGUUGUGAUAAUUGCAGGUACACGCAUUUCUCUGUACAUUUUGACAUAUGCUUGUUUAUAAAUUACUAGUAAUUAGUCCUCAUUUGAACCA